AUGGCAGGUCCAGUCCUUCAUCCAAUUUUCUUCCCUAAUAGCCACCCCACCUGCCUUUCUUCUGCAGCUGCCUUCCCGCUCCUGGCAUUGGCUGAUGUGGAUGAGGACCGGGUGAAAGAUGUCCUGGUCGCCUUCCGGACCACGGAGCUCAACAGCAGCAGCAGCACCAACAGUAGCCUCGGGGGAGGAGGAGCAGUGCGCUGCUCAGGAGCUGGGCUGCCCUCCCCCUGUGCCAUCCUAGCGGCGCAUUCUGGCAACAACGGGAGCCUUCUCUGGGCCCAGCCGGUGGCGGAGGAGCUGCUGCUGCUGGACUGCUCCUGGGAGCACAGUGGGGGCCCCGCCUGCAUCCUCCUGGGAAGGCCCGACUUCCUGGCAGCCCUGGACUUGCAGACAGGGGAGACGCUGUGGCGGGUGGCAGCCCAUUUCGGAGCCAACGCCUCGGUACUGGGCCCCAUGUACAAGGUCCCUGACAUCAGCAGGGAUGGCUUAGAGGAUAUCUUGGUCUUCGCCAAGGUGGGACAGCAGCUGAGGAGCUCCUUCUAUGCUGGUUCAGAUGGCACCCAGAUCGGGGCCACAGCCCACUUGCCGCUACCAUACUGCCUGGGCCAUCUCUUGCAGGUCACAUCCAGUGGAGCCACCUACGUGCUCUUCCAUACAGAGAAAGGCCUCUUCAGCUACUCCAUGCAGCAGCUCUGGCGCAUGUCUGUCCCACUGCCCGCCUACCCGAGCAUCAACCUAAAAGAGGACUUGCGCUGGGAAGUGGCCAUUGAUGACAUCACCCACAGGGUCGCCCUCCGCAGCUUGGGAGGGAUCCGCUCUCUGACCAAGAUGGAGGAGAAGCCCGGCAGCAACUUUUUAGCGAGGGGUUCCUCCACACUGGAGAUGGUGGACGGGAAGCAUCUGGGCUCUGUCUGGGUCAUAGACAUGCCCCACCUCCUGAGGGAUCCUGUUGUUGGGUCCUACGAUCUUGACGACCUUGACAUGAUCAUCGAAAACCAAGUCUCCCCCACAAAGAAAAAGGUGAUGAUCGUGGAGGGCGAGACAGGAGACAUCGACUGGGAGGUGGAGCUGCUGCAGCCAGCGACAGCCCUGCCGCAGGCAGCCACCCUCCCAACAGCCGACCAUCUUUCCGUCUUCCUCUUCUGGGGCCAGUACCCAGAAGACACCACAGAGACGGCCUCUCCAGGCAAUGCCUCACAGCCGACACCGCACCUGUACCUCUUCCACCCAUCCCUCCCCAAUAUCCUCAUGGAGAUGACUAACAACACUGAGCCCGUAGUUGUCUUUGAGGGGGCCCUCUUUGAGAAGAGCCGCCACGCCUGCUACGUGCUGAUGACGGGCCCCGAUGUGAGCGGCACGUCCGACGGGACGGUUGUGCUCUCGAAGCGGCGGCUGAAGGAAGACGUGACCACAGGCAGGGUGCUGAGGCUCGGCCCCCUGGCCCAGAUGACAAAACAGGAAGUUCGGGAUCACUUCCUCCGGAUGCGGUACCGCAGCCUCCGCUGA